AUGCGGGCGGUCCUUGCCCUGCUUGCUCUGAUCGGUAGCCUGCUCCUCUUCCUGUGCUUGGCGCGGCUCCCGGCCGGGAGCGCCGGGGGCGCAAGUACCUGGGACAUGGAGGGCAGAGCUGCGACGGACUACACCCCCAGAGUGAUGAGGUACCUCCGGUCCCCCACGAAUGUCCACCUGGUCGCUCCGGUGGCUCCCAACAGAGCAGUUACUUAUCUUUUCAGCAAUUCAUUGUGCUUUUGCAAAGAGUGUUUGUUCUUCUUUCAAAUGGAUUUUCCUUUUUAUAUAAACAGAGCAAUUCUUAAUACAGCCAGAGUGCAGAAAUCUGAGCAAGCCUCCAAAUGCAAGGAUAUAUGGAGUAAUAAUUGGUCAUCAUCGAUCAAGAAAAAAAGAUAUUCUGAAGAUUAUUAUUUACAAAUAGUUGGUAAACUGCAGAACUGUACCUGGAAUAGAAGGCCACAAGAAUAUGCCAAAUUCAGGGCAGAGCUUGCUUCAUGCUGCGAUGCUAUGCAUAAUUUUAUUGCUUCUCAAAAUAAUACCCCACUGGGAAGCAACAUGACUUAUGAAGUGGACAAUAAAAAAACCAUCCACAUUACAGAGGACAUAUUCCAGAUGUUGCCAGAGUUUCAGCCUCUGGAUUUUCCUUUCAAGCAUUGUGCAGUUGUUGGAAAUGGAGGAAAUCUUAAGAGUUCCAAUUGUGGAGCUGAAAUAGAUAAAUCUGACUUUGUGUUCAGGUGUAAUCUUCCCCCAACCAGCGGAAAUGUCAGUCAAGAUGUUGGCAAUAAGACAAACCUUGUAACUGUUAACCCAAGCAUUAUAGCUCAGAAAUAUAACAAACUGAAUGAUCGGAAGGCCACCUUCCUGGAAAACAUUGCAAGUUAUGGAGAAGCUUUCCUCUUGCUACCCGCUUUUUCCUUUAGAAGCAACACAGCAGCAUCUUUCAAAGUACAUCACACCCUGAGAGAGUUCAGCGCAAAACAGAAGGCCAUAUUUUUCUAUCCAAGGUAUCUCAAAAGUCUUGCCCAGUUCUGGAGAACUAAGGGUGUCAAAGCCUACCGACUGUCUUCUGGCUUCAUGAUCACCAGUGUAGCAGUGGAACUCUGUGAGAAUGUGAAGCUGUAUGGUUUUUGGCCUUUCUCCAAAAGCAUAGCAGGUAUCCCCAUAAGUCAUCACUACUAUGACAACCAACUUCCAAAGCCAGGUUUCCAUGCCAUGCCUAAAGAGUAUAACCAGAUUCUCCAGCUCCAUGGAAGAGGUAUCCUCAAGUUGCAAUUUGGCAAAUGUUUGACAGAGUAG